AUGAAAGAAACUCACUCUUUGUCUCAUUCUGAUGCGCCAUCUUCACAACAGUCAUCCGGAUUAGCCAGGAUGAACAUCCCUCUUACGAACGUGCCAUUCCUCAAGAACUUCCAUCCAUGCUACCGUCAUUGUCAUGUCAAAGAAAUCAUAAUCCCGUGCUUUACUGUAAAUGUUUUAUUUCUUUGUCCAUUUGUACUGAGUACUUCCAAUAGUACUGCUCUUACCCCUAAAAAAAGAGCUUUAGGACUUCCUACUAAAUUAGCUCCAUAUCGAUCUGACACAGUUUACCCGGCACAUAAUGAGUAUAUCAAAAGUGCUACCAAACCUUACUUGUGGAACCCCCCAUCUACAUAUACUGUAGUGUUUUACCGUUUGCCCAUAUAUACAUGUCAGUAUUUUUCUACUUUUUUCCAUUGGACAGAAGUGUCAGAGUUGACACCGGUGAACAAAAGCAGUAGUUAUAAGCAAUCAUUUGCAUCCAUACAAUUAUAUCAUCAAUCCAUUCAAAAUAUUGCUUCAACCAUUGCAUCCAUUGUCAAACACAACACAUCUAUCCUUCUCAACACUGCAUCCAUUGUCAAAAACAAAUUUCCUAUUGUUCCUGCCAUUUUAUCAUCAAUUUUCACAUUUUCUCUGCCGAUUGCUGCCAUCUCAAGAUCAUCACCAAACAUGUCACAAUUAUUGUCUGCUAAUUGCAUGCAAAGUCUUCCAGCCGAACUUGUGACGUUUUUAACCAGUAUGCAGUCACAGUUCAACGCACUUAACGAACCUAAUGUCUGGCAGGAGAAUGCUGAUCUCCAAUCUCAAUUGUUGCAAAACAAUGGGACUGGUCCUGUUUCCAGCUCUGCUUCUCUUCCUGCACCUCAGUCAACUGCAGACCUUGGAACUGCUGCCUCCACUUGGGCCACCAAAACAAGCUUGAUUCUGCUAGCCAAGACACCUCGAGUUUCUUCUGCCUGCUGGGUUGCUGCCUCUCAAAGACUGUUCUCUGACAAAACUGGUUCUGAUGGUUUUGAAUAUGUUCAUAUUCCUCGCUCACGUCGUAUUACGCACAGUGAAAUGCACCGCUCUCUCCGCACUCUUAGUGUUGACACUGGUCACCUGUUAGAUAUUAACUUUCCUGCUUGUGGGGUGAUUGGCGUUCUUGUCUAUGUGCAAUAUCUUGAGGAAUUUAAGUCCCAAUUAGCUAGUGCUAAGGUCUCUCUUGUCAACAACUUUGAUCCACUUGAUCUCAAAAAUGUUGCUGAUCCCAAGUUUGUCAACUUGUCUGUCUCUGGUCUUGAAACCCAGGCUUUGGUUCUCCAAAAUGUCUACUGUCUCCAAGCUCUCAAGUUUUUGCGUUCUCACUUGGUUCUGCCAGUUGCUCACUUCUUUGUCCAGUCAGGAUGGAUUGGACUUGAAGAAAUUCUUGCCUAUCCAGUAGCUGAGCACUUUGGUGAUGAUCCAAACAAAAAACGUGCUCUUGAUGCUCUCACUGCUAUGAUUGAAUAA